GAGUGACCAUCCCAGCAUAGUAUCUAUGAUCCCAGGGCCGGCCUAGUCAGGAUAAAUCGGGAUAAAUAGACUGUAUUAUCUAUGAUUAUCAGUUGUAUAUAACUAAUAAUUGUCAAGCUGGUAACUUUUUCUUUUAAAAGAAAAAUGGCUAGCUUCAACUCAAGCAUUUUGACUUGUCUUGAAGAGUAUGAACAGAGUGCUCACUCAAAAGUAAAAGAAUCUGCUUGGAACUAUUACUCUGAAGGAUCUUGCCUGGGACAAACAAAAAAGGAAAACAUAGAAGCAUUUAAAAAGUAUUAUAUACUUCCAAGAGCAUUCAGAGCAUGCAAGGAAUCUGAAGUUGACUUGUCUGUCAAUAUUUUAGGAAGCAAGAUGGCUCUACCAAUAGGAGUUGCCCCUACAGGAAGGCAUGCUCUAGCUCAUCCUCAAGGAGAAGAGGCAACUGUAAAAGGUUGCACAAGAGCUGGUGUAUGCAUGAUACAAAGUGUUUUUUCAAACAAAAGCAUGGAAGAAGUCACGGAAUCUUGCAAGGGCCAAGGGCUAAGAUGGAUGCAGUUGCAACCACUUUUGAGUGAAAGCUGUGUCGUGGAAGACAUCAUAAAACGAGCUGAAUCUCUGGGUUACAGUGGGAUAGUGAUUACAUGCGAUCAACCAAAUUUUCCUAUUAGUUAUGCAGCAAUGAAAGAAUCAAAAAUCAAAAAUUAUGCUAUAAAAAACCCCGAGGUCUUUGGAAACUUCUCCAAAGAAAUUAAUGAUAAGAUUUUUUCUCCAGAGUCAAAUCCCUACAGUGAGGUAAAAGAGAAAAUGUUUGAGCCAAUUUCUUGGGACUGGGUUGAUUGGGUGCGUAGUAUUACAACACUGCCUAUAAUCAUCAAAGGUAUUCUGAAUCCACAUGAUGCUGAAGAAGCUCUGAAACAUGACAUCCAAGCAAUAUAUGUGUCCAAUCAUGGAGGCAGAGUACUUGACUCUGUGCCACCAACUUUAUAUGCCUUGCCUGAGAUUAUUAAAGCAGUCAAUGGAAAGGUUGAGGUUUAUGUUGAUGGUGGAAUACGUCAUGGUACUGAUGUAUUGAAGGCACUAGCACUUGGAGCUAGGGCAGUGUUUGUGGGAAAACCAAUAAUAUGGGGACUUGCAUGCAAUGGUGAAGAUGGAGUCUUUGAUGUAUUGCAAAUGCUAGGAGAUGAACUUCGUGCAGUGAUGGCGUCUACUGGCUGCAAAAGAGCAUCUGAAGUUACCCCAGAUAUCAUACGACUUGCUUCCAACUAUUAUUCAUAAUUUCAAUAUUAAAUUUUAUGCACUACUUUGUUAAGAUACAGUUUAUUUCCAAUCCUUAUUGUGUACUGUAUCUGUGGUUACAUGUGGUAGUGUAUUGACACCUACUAUACUUUGUUUUAUGAUAAUAAUUAUUAGUUAAAUGAAAAAAUCAAUUUUAACGAAAUUGAUGAAGAUUGAAGACA